AAACAUGGAAACAUACCUUAAACAUCUGUUCAACUAAAUCAUAAAUUGUAAAAAAAAAAUUUGAAUUCUUAAUCUUUCCCAAUAAUAUCAAAAUUGCAGAUAUGACUCAAAAUUGCUUAAAGAGGUAUACAUGGGCCAGUACGAAAAAUCAAAACAUCGAUAUUUUGAAAGGAAAAUUUAGCCAAGAUUUAGAUCUGACUCCAGGUUGUGGUGGUGUAAGGAGAGAGGUGUGGGAAUUCCAGCAAAAGGGAUUCAUUGAAGUCUUCAUAAGUGCCAUCCUCCUACGGAAAAGGGAAACUCUGAACGAGAGCACAUGGAUAGUGGGAGGAGAUGGCCGCUACUACUUCAAACCAGCCUUCUUCAGGGUAAUAGCAACCAUGGCGGGUCUACAGGUUGGCCAAAUCGUGACAGCUAAGGACGGAAUUCUGACGUCUCCCGCGAUGUGCCUCCUGGUGCGGAAAAUGAAGGCCACUGGUGGUAUCCUCCUCUCGGCCAGCUGUAUGCCCGCCGGCAUCGACGGUUACUUCGGGAUCAAGUACUUUGUCGAAGACGGAAGCGUUGCUUCAGAACCACUUCUCAAGGCCAUUCGUGAUAUUGCGAAAAAGUUGGAAACAGUAAGUUAUGCCUUGGGAAUAAAUUUCCCACUGGACGAGUUAACAUCACAUAUUUUCUGGGUCGAAAACCACUUGAUGAGCGUGACUGUGGUAAACGCAGUGAGGAUGUAUGCUGACUAUUUAAAAACAAUCUUCGAUUAUGACAAAAUUAGAAAAUUAUUGUGUGGUGACGAAAUAGUCAGUAUUCCAGUGAGGAUUUUAGUUGAUUGCAUGAAAGGAGCUGCUGGACCUUACGCGGUAGAAGUUCUGGAAUACGACCUCGGUGCCUGUUCGGGAACUGUUGUAAACGCUACUCCUGAAGAAUAUUUCAAUACAGGUUACCCAAGUCCGAGGAAUUCAAGAGCUCUUGUGCAAGGGCUAAAUACGGGCAAUUACAACGCAGGAUUUGCUCUAGACACACUCGGUGACAGGGUAAUGGUGAUGGGACGAAGGGCCUAUCAUGUUAGUUCAGGAGAUUCUAUAGCUAUUUUAGCUAAGCACCUGCAUUGCAUACCAUACUUCCAGCUACAUGGGAUCAACGGUUUUGCAAGGAGCUUUACCACGUCAAAAGCCCUAGACAGCGUUGUAGAGCCAAUGAAAAAGCCUUUGUAUGAAACUCCUCUUAACUGGACGUAUAUAUGUGACCUAAUCAAGAAAGAACAGAUUUCCUUUGCUGGAGAUGACCAUUAUGGAGUGGGUUCUUCCCACAUGCUAGAAAAGGAUGGGAUUUGGGGAAUGCUGGCAUGGCUGUCAGUUCUUUACCACAUGAGGCUUCCGGUACGAGACCUCAUGUACCACCACUGGCUGCAGCACGGCAGAUAUUUUACAGCCAGCUUACUGUACGACAAGAUAGAUACAAAGGAGUUCUUAGUAAUUGGAGAUUACAUGGAAUUCAUCAUUAAUAACGAAAUGCUCAUUGCCAGCCAGCAUGGAAAGAAACCCUUUAUUUACACAGUCUUGUCUGGAAACAGUUUUAAAUACAUUGAUCCAGAAGACAAAUCAAUCAAAAAAACUGGAAUAACCAUCUCCCUGCACCCCAACUCGCGGGUGGUCUACCGGCUGGAGAUCGCCAAGACCAACAAGCUGAGGAUCCUCUUGGAAGCACUCUCAACGGACCCGUCUGACUUCGGAGCUGAGCCAGUCGCCUACCUCACCCCGCUGGCCAAGUUGGCCAUAAAUUUGGUGAACCUCCCUCAUUUCUUGCAGGACAAUGAACCUUUAUUCAUGUUGUGAACUAAAGUCGACUAAAAUGAAUUUGCUUAUUUUCGUUA